AGCUGACCUUCGAUAAGAAUUUCAUGGCGGAGCUGGUCAAGCAGGAUUACUAUCGCUUUCCCUCCGUGGCCAAGUUGAAACCAGAGGACUUUGACGAUGUUCAAUCUCUCCUGACAAACUGUGUUUACCUGCAGGACUCUGACGUCACCGUCAAGGGCUUUCGAAUAUAUGGCACACCAUGGACGCCGUGGUUUAAUGGCUGGGGUUUUAACCUGCCCAGGGGACAGUCCCUGCUCGAUAAGUGGAACCUCAUCCCAGAGGGCAUUGAUAUUCUCAUGACCCAUGGGCCUCCCCUCGGUUUUAGGGACUGGGUACCGAAGGAGCUGCAAAGAGUUGGGUGUGUUGAGCUGUUAAACACAGUUCAGAGGAGAGUCCGGCCCAAACUCCACGCCUUCGGAGGAAUUCAUGAAGGUUACGGCAUUAUGACAGACGGGUACACGACAUUCAUCAACGCCUCUACCUGUACAGUCAGCUUUCAACCCACCAACCCUCCCAUCGUGUUCGACCUCCCGAACCCCCCAAGCUCUUGAGACGCCCGCAAGUGUCACCAUAUUCUCCUUUUCUCCUUACGUUUUCUAACAAUACUUUGGAAAAAAAAUAGUUGAAUGUUUCUUUUAAAAUCGCCAGUCUUUUGCUAAAAGAUUCAGUGGAAGCUUCUGAUGACGGACGGGGUCAUGCAGGUAAAUAGUACAGAAGUGGUGAACAAUCUUAUGAAAAGAUCUGAUUAAAUCUGUAAGAUAAUAAGCUUUGUGAAUUUGUAAAAUUGUCUCUUUUUUUGUCAAUAUUCAAAGUAUGUUGGUAUGGGAUGCCAUUGUUCAUUUUGUAUAUUCUUUUUCAGGAUAAUUAAGCUUUCUUUUAGCUGACAGGGAUAAUGCCUUAAACUAGCUUUAAGUUCUGGAGCCCCUUCUUUCUGCUAGCGAAGAGAAAGCGCCAUAUUUAUUGUUUUUAUUCAAAACUAAGGUGAUUUCUCUCUUUUUUUGCAUUUGAAGAACACUUUUUUACAAGCGCAGGGAAGACAUGGAUGCAUUUGAACUCAUGUAUAUUCUGGAGCGCCUCAUUCUGCAUAGAAAUUGGAAAAUGUCUUAAAAUAUGAGUAUAUCUAUAUGUAUGUGUGUAAGCUGUAAAAUCUCUAAGUAAAAUUGUGUUUGUUCUAAGCCUCUUGAAGAAUAUAAUUUUGCCUGUAAGUGAUGACUUAAAGUGCGUGAAGCGCACACAUGCUCUUUUCUGUUUUCAUGAAAUGUUCCUCUGAAGCUCAUUUCAGUGUUGCCUACUUUACGGCGUAUUGUUCCAUACAAUAAACGAGUACUCGAUUUGAAAUUAUUUUAAUGUACAAUCUCAAAGGUUGUUUUUUUUUUUUCUUUGAACCUGCCAAAACCAGGUUUAGUUGUCCUUUGAUAUCUUGCGUAUGAUAGUUUUUGUUUCUCUUUUUUUGUAAUUUUGCACUGUGUAAAUGCAGUCUUGCUAGCACAAAAAAAAAAUGUUGCCAGUAGUUUUCAACUCUUGCCAUUGUAAAUGCCUCUCAGCUUUUCUUUCAGUUACAGUCUCAUUCCUGAGAAAGUUUAGAUACGUUUCUUCUUUUUUUUUUUUCUUCAGGUUUCAUUGUGAUAUAUUU